CAUGAUCGUACCUGUUGCCCGCGUGGGUCCUUUGAGAUGCUGGGAGAAUCAUAAUUAAAAAGUGUUUUUACCAUAAAUCUUUAUAGAAAAUGAGUAGAUUCACUUAAAAGUAUUGUCAGUUAUGAAGAUAUGUGUUGUGAAUUAGUGAAAAUACUUAAAACACGUUUUUGGAGCUCAGAAUGCAUCAAGGUGCAUUCCUCAGCACCGGAUGGACUCGAGGAGGAGCUUCCGAAGUCGUUCGUCGAGCUCAUCCCGCUUCCGGUGCCCAAUGGAACGUUCAAGUCGUCAGGGGGAAAGUCAACGGAAAAUGUCUUUGGAACGCCUGUAAGGCUCUCAGUCUAGGUUUGCUGUUGAUGGUAUUAGGAGCAGCAAUGGCCACCAUAGGUUAUUACGCCGAUCAUCUAUCAGCAACUCCGGAGUUCAAAGGAAACUUCACGUUUCGAACGAAAAACGAAACGAAAAGUUUCCAUUUGAACAAUUUAUCCUACGCCGGUCCUAUCGUAAUGGGUGUCGGGGGUUUUAUCGUUGUGGCGGCUUGCGUUAUGACUUUCGAAGCGCGCGAUUCCGCAGCUAAAGUCGUACCGGCUAGAUUCAAACUGAGUACGACGGGUCCUCCGAGCGUUUGCGGUCACGGCAGCUGUAGCAGUAGACACAGCUCGUUGAAAACAUCGGCGGUGCAGGUUCAAACGAUGACUCAACACCCUUAUACUCAUCAGAGCACGUCCUCGACGGAUAGAAGGGCGUUGACUCAGUCUUUUUUACAUUUUUCUAGGGGCCUUGCGUUGGAAACGCAACAGAAUAAGAAUUUGCUCAAACUUCCGCAGGGAUCUAUAAAUAGAAGUCCUUCCGCUCCUGAUCUUGUAUUAGAACGUACGGAACAGCCUCCAUCGCCGCAUAUCCGUACGCCCGUGCCCCAAAAAUCUAAUACGAAGCCGAAGACUUUCGCCGCAUGCGCUCUACUUAAUCCGGGUCUGCUGCAGAGACAUGCGCUGUCCGUUGACGAAACGGCGGGAAAUUAUAGGUUAAGUAAUGAUUCCAUACAUCCGUGCGGAAGUCAGGGAUCCAUGGCGAUGGAUUUACAUUUAGAAUGCCCCGUAACACUCCGCAUCAAAGAUAAACGUAGAAACCCACUAAAGAGACAAAGGAGAGUCGACGAAGAAGUCAGCCACGUACAAGAUGAAACAAUUAGACGAAGCUCCCAUUCUUGUUCAGUCAAAUUACCAAACCACAAUUUGAAAGACACUUCCAAAAGGGGAGGUUCGGCGCAUCAAUUACCAACACAUUACACUCACUGCCGAUCAUCUUCGACGAAACGGAGAAGCUCCAACGCGUCCGAUGUCGGUUGUAGAUCGAGACCGAGGAAAAGAGAUUGCGCCAUCGCCAAGGGAAAAUUAGAAAGAGCCAUAAGUUCGGAUUCAAGACUUCCUGGCGUUUCUAGAUACCCUCCUCAUAGAACUCCUCAAGUUACACCAGAAGUUAGUCCACAAAUUUCUCCGCAACCAACACGCGCUCAAAAUUCUUUGGAGGUAGAUCCGGGAGGUAACUGUGAGGAUAUUGAGGUUAGGUUAUCUCAACACAGUGUACAUUUUAGUAACAGUUCUCAGAAAUGAGGGAGGUCGUCGUGGUGCUGAUGACGAAAUUUUUCGAAUGAAUGUAUUUGGUAAUUUUUUUUUCGUAUUCUGAGAACAAGAAAGAAAAUGGAGUUCAAAAUUCGAGUUUUGCCGAUAUCUUAGGUCAAAAGUUUCUGAGCGUCGGAGCUUUUGAGUUUGAGAUAUGCCAGCCCUCGCAAUUUCUGAUCACACGAUGCGCUGCUCCUAGAUUCAAAGUUUCUGAACUUUCUGAAGCAAAAGUAUUUGGAUUUUUUUGGGAUUUUUGAGCUUACGAAAUUGAUGUGUCUGAGCAUACGGCGUUUCUGACUUUCCGGUUUUCUGAUCAUCCCGAAUUUCUGAGUAUCUGGAUUCUUGGUGUCAUGAGUGUUCAUGAUUUUCUGAGAAUCAAAUUUUUCGAAGUACUAGAUUCCAAUGUCCUAACUUUCUGAGCAUCUGAGUCCUUCAGUUUUUAAAAUUUCUGACCAUCCACUUUUGUAUUUUUCUGAGUUU